GUGAAACUUUACGCCACUGUCUCAUAGAAUAAAUGACACUCAAAACCACGGAAGGUAUGCUUUUAGCGUGGUCUGUUCCUCAAACAAUACUGUGCGGUACUGUGCUAUAACCCAGCAGAAAAGUUUCCCCCCACAAUGUCAGAUUUGGCAGACUCCCUCACACCCAGUAACACACAGGAGGCUCCUGGUUACAAUGCAUCCUCACCACCACAACCACCGUCAUAUUCCUACAAAGGAGAGCAACCUCCUCCCUACUCUGAGGCAACGACAACGUACUCUCCGCCCAAAAUUGAGACAACCUGCACCUAUCAGCCUACCACUGGGUACGAGUCUUUCCGGGACAUCAUCCCACAAGUCUCGUCCGAAACAACCCCACUGAUGGCCUCAUCUUCUUUUGAUGACAAGGCAGUGAGAAGAGCGUUUGUCAGAAAGGUGUUCAGCAUCCUGACUCUCCAGCUGCUGUUCACCUUCAGUGUGGUGUGUGUGUUCACUUUCUCCAGCGUAGUCAAAGAUGCAGUGCAAACCAACCUCUGGGCUUACCUCAGCUCCUUCUUUAUCUUCAUCGUGGUCGCAAUCGCCCUCAGCUGCUGCAAGUCCUUUAGUCGACGUCACCCUUGGAACAUCGUGGGACUGGUUGUGGUCACUCUGAGCUUUUCAUACAUGGUGGGAACUAUUGCCUCUUUCCACAACACCACUGCUGUGGUCAUCACUAUGGGAGCAACGCUGGCCAUUUCCUUCGCUAUCAUUGCAUUCUCUGCACAGACUCGUUAUGAUUUCACUGUUUGGUACGGUGUUCUGCUGAUUCUGGCUGUGGAUUUAAUGAUGUUUGGGUUCUUCUGCACGUUCUACUACUCCUACAUCACUGAUAUUGCCUAUGGAUGUCUGGGUGCUCUGCUGUAUUCACUGUUCCUGAUGGUGGACUGUCAGCUGAUGAUGGGAAUGAUGAGCUACCGUCUGGAUCCAGAGGAAUACAUCAAUGCUGCUCUCAUGAUCUACCUGGAUAUAGUCCUCAUCUUCCUCUACCUGCUGGGGAGGAGGUGAAACUGUUCACAAAAUGCAUUUACACACAUAAACCUACACUCCAAACUGUUCACACUAUGUGUCCUUGAUUUUUAUUAUUGUUUUUAUGUAGAAACUGUAACUCCUAUUUUAAGUGUCAAUGAGCAAAUGGUUAUCUGUGUUUUUACAGAAUCUUGUCUCUGAGUUUGACAUAAACAAAAAUGUCUGUUAAAA